GUAUUCGAGAAGCAGGACGAGAAAAUUAGCGAUCGAUCUAGAGGCGGACUAAUAUGUGUUCCGCACUGUCAGCUUUACAGCAUGGCAGUGCACACCACGCUUCUCUCAUCGAUCUUUGGAAUCGCUGUCCCCUUAGCUAUACAAGCCGCCCACGCCGUGGCGACCAAGCAUUUCUGCCCGCACCCAACCCCACGAUGCAAUGGCACAGCGAUCGAACAAUGCAAUGGCACAGCGAAGGGAUAAGUCUGUCCCCGGCUUCCGCUCGUUCUGGGAGACGUCGAAGAAGAAGGCUGCCGCGCAGAACUUGACCUUUGUACAAGUCGAUGCGGAACAAGCGGGCGGCUCCAGAAGAAAGAGUAGUACAAAAGGAAAGGACGCCGUGACAUUCGUGGAGACAUCAGAUCGCCGAAGCUCCGACUCUCAACCGCCUCCGAAUCGAAGACAGCAGGUCUACCAGGCACAGAAACGGCAUCGACUGCGGAAAGCAGAGUACGCGCAGAGUCUGGAGCAAGAGAUUGAGCAAGUAAAGUACCUGCACUCCUUGGCCAGCGCCGACGCCCAGAGAUUCGCCAGCGAGAACGCGGCCAUCAACCAAUACCUCGUGUCGCAAGGUCUGCUCACCGAGUCCGACCGAGCCCCUUCAUUGCAGCUCUUCCCAACGGCUCAGACACAUCUCGAUCCCAAUUUAGACGUCGACCCUAACAACCUAUUCGACAUGAGCUCCGAGCCUGACAGCACGAGCGAGGGGUCAACGAACGACAUGGAGGAGGAUGAACGAUCGCGGAGCGGAGAAAGCUACGUCCUGAUGACGGAGUCGAGGUUUCCCGAUCCUCGUACGGAGGCUGCGAGUCAAUCGAAGAUCAAGCACUGUCAAGAGCUGUUGAUGAAGGGUGUACAGCCGUUUGGGCCGGACGAAGAAGACGACAAGAAGACGUGGAAAGGGUUGGCGGAUCUCAUUCUGAGAGAGCGAUGAUAUUUGUCGUGUUGUCGAGUCUGGGAAUCAGGCACAGCGCGUCGAAAUGGGCGAGAGAUCCAUGAGUAUCUCGCGACUUUUUACAUUAGCGAAGCGACUCCCUGCAUACCAUGGGAAAUUCGAACCAUACGCUUCGAGACACUUUCGAACCUGACGAGCAAUAGGAAAGAGGAUGCUGUCACGUCGAGAGAAUUGGCUUGUUGCUGAAAUCUGCAUGGACGGCCGCGAACGGAUGCUGACGAAUGGUUGGCGCAGACGUUGACAUGCGUGUCACUCCGAUUUGGCGAAUUCAACGGCCGCGAUAGAUGUAUGAUGCCUCUGAAUGAUUCAAACUAUGUCGAGUAUUCAUCCAAAGUGUCAUCAAGUAGUCGUGUUAGCGGAAGCGGUGGAAGAUGGUGUCUUGAGGCGCGGCCGAGAACGGUCCACGGCCAUGGCGAGGAGCGAGCAGCCUAAUUUGGAAAUCUUUUACUGGAGAGCCCUCCCUCCCUACUGCACGCG